CCCUGCUGGCAGCUGCCAUCUGCGGGUCCGUCCGCCACCGUGCAGACAAAGGCCUCGCGCCCGGCACGUCCCCAUCUGUCACCUCCCCGGCUCCCGGCCCCGAGCUGCUGCCUGCAGAGAUCUGCGGGGAGAGCCGGGUGCGGGCAGCAUCCUUCCCUCUGGAAGGUGCCCAGGUGAUGCUGGAGAGCUUUGGCAUCCAGUCCCCAAGUCUAGAAAGGGCCCCGUGCCUGGCAGAGCUGCUCUGCAGAGCCCACAGCUUGGGGAAACUGAGGCAGGAGCAAGUGGUGGCUCGCCCUGCGUCAGGGCAGGUAGGGCAGGGAUGAUUCCCCCACUGCAAAGCUGGGCGCAGCCUCGGCGGAGCAAGGGGCUCUAAUUAAACUCCAGGAAUUAGCACCUGCCAAGAUGAGGGGGGUGAGGGGGGGCGCUCCCAGGGUGCCUCUGCCUGGGGCUGCCCGAACCAUGCUGAGCCCCAGCCUCGCUGCUCCUUGGGCGCUGCAGGGCACCCACAGCUGCCUCCACCCAGCUCUUCCAGGAAGGAUUUAGCCUCUGAGCUCGUUUUUUUUGCUGGUUGGCGGCUGCAUUUAGCUCCUGGGGGGGGUCCUCGAAGUGGUGUGAGGCUGUGGGAGGUGAGAGUGGAACCAGUGCCAGCACCUCCCUGCCCCUCUUUCCAAACACCAUUCCUCCCUCCCUGCCCCAUCCCUGUGUGCCCUGGGGUAGUGGCAGAAGUCUGGAGCUGGGGGAGCUCUCCCGUGGUGGGGUUGCCCUCCCAAAACCUGUCCCGGGAUGCUCCCAGAGAGGGCGAGGCUCCGGGGCGCUGCCUGCCUCCAACGCCCCGUUCCAAAAACAGCCGGGUGCCCAGACGUGCCCGGGCAGCUGCCUGCAGCCGGAUACCCACACCCCACGCAGGCUCGGUAGCCACGGGGUACGCAGCCCACCCCACCAGCCACCGUCCCACGAGGAGCAGGGGAGAACGUGGCUGGGGAGAAGGAGACGGGGGACACCGGGAGGCCCCCCAGGAGAAGCAGUGUGGCGGCUGAGCCGUGCCGAGGAGGCUCCCACGUCGCUGGGGUGAUCCAGCCGACAGCCCGUGAGCCCCUUGCUGCCCGUGGCUCUCACCCACCCUACGCCCCGCUGCCGGCGCGGAGGAUGCCCGUCGAGGCGCUGCAAGCCGGCGACGCCAUGAAGGGGGUGACAGUGGCGGCACCCUUCACCUCGGCCAUGCCCAUCCGCAUCCUCCGCAAGGGUCCCGCGUAUUUCCGCCGGCGUGCCGAGCCAGGCGCCGGGAAGCCCAGCGCGGUGGAAAGGUUGGAGGCUGACAAGGCCAAGUACGUGAAGAGCCAGCAGGUUGCCAGCACCCGGCAGGAGCCGGUGAAGCCGCCACUACUCAAGCAGCCCCUCUUCACCCCAGGGGUACGCCGGGCUGCGCUCACCCCCAGCCGCAGGGCACCCCCGGGGCCACGACGUACCGAAGCCGGUGGCCCGAAGACCUCCCUCGACUUGGAGAUCCUCAACAACCUCAUCAACCUCUGCGACAGCCCGUUCCCCAAGGCGGAGAGCCCGCUGGGCCGGGAGUGCAAGUGGAGGGUGGAGACGCCGGUGGCAAUGGGUGGUGGGACGGAGGGUGCCAGCAAGCCACCGGAGAGCCCCGCUGCCACCAAGCCCCCUGGAAGCGUGGCCGUGCGGCGGGUGGAUGUCCGUCCCUGUGGGGCUCCCCAGGGCCAGGUGACACCGGUGCCUGCGUCCCCCAUCCCAGGUGGGAUGCCUGCCACCCCGUCACGGAUCUCGCCCGCCCGCCCCGACAGCGCCCGCCGGCAGACCCUGCUGCACCGCUCCAAGUCGGACCUGAGCGACCGGCUCUCGCGGGCCACCGCCGACCUGGAGCGCUUCUUCAACUACUGCGGCCUCGACCCCGAGGAGGUGCAGGACAUGGGGGCCGAGCGCUUCGCCCGCGCCAGCUCCGACAUCGUGUCCCUCAAGUUUCACAGCGUGAGCACGGCCAGCUCGGAGGGUGGCCGCUCACCGCCCAGCGUGGCCACGCCGGAGGGGCGGCCGGCCGAGCGCGUCCCCUAUGGCAUCUCCAUCAUCGAGCGCAACGCCCGCGUCAUCAAGUGGCUGUACGGACUGCGCCAGGCCAGGGAGCCCCAGCAGGUCUCCGACGUGUAGCAGUGGUGGUGGUGGGCAUCAGGGAUGGGUUGCUCACGAGGAGCGGGAGAUGCUGGACUGGAAGGGAGCACUGGGGGUGCCCUGGGAGGUGAGGGGACCUCUCAGUGGUGACAGAACCCUUGAACUGAGCACUUCCACCCUUGCUUCCCUACCCCCUGUGCCACAGUGAGCCUGGUGAGGUGACUGGACAUCCUUCUCGCUGUCUCUGGCUCCAUCAGAGCCCUGUGCUGGCACUGGAGAGCCAGGUUACCACGAGCCUGCGGGAGGGCAGAGGACACAUGUCCCUGGGUGUGUGGCUGGUCCCCAACACCCUCUCCUCGCUGGCUCCUGCAGGAACCUGUGUGUGAUCAGCCUGGCUGCCCUGCUCCCUGCCAGCACCCAUGGGUGGGGGGUAAGGGGCUGGUUCCCCCUUGCACGGAGCAGGGACACAGCCCUGGGGGAAAGAGGGACCUGCCACCAAGGAGACCAUGCUGUCCAGGAUGGGGGCAUAUCGUGGUGGUCCCUGUCUUAAGGUCUGGGAGACACUGGGUGCUGCGCAAGGAGGGGGCAAACCCGACCCCCACCUUCGAGCAGCCCAGGGCUGUGUGUGUGUGCGAGUGUCUGUGAGUGUUUGUGUGCCCUCCUGGGUGCCAGUGGGGGCACAGCCCUGGGCACGCUGGGCCCUGGUAUUUAUGAAGAUGAUGGUUGUUGGUCUUCUCCUCAUUUCUAGUGUGUUUUUUUCUGAUGUUAGACCUGUAAAUAGUAACGCAGACAGUUUUAUUAAAUCUCUGUGCUUUGGA